AUGUGUCAUGGUGCGUCACAGAGUGACUUCAUGCCGGCUGUCUCCUCACUGUCCCAAUACCAGACAUUCCAGAGGCAGCAUGGCUGGCUGCAGGCUCUUGUGUGGCUGAUCCUGGAACAGCGUGUUCUGCACAUCUGUAAUCACCUACCCGCCACAAAUAAGACUGAGCAACAAGUCACAACUUUGUCAAUAGCACUUUUCUCCCUGCCCAGUGGAAUUAGAAUGGGAGGAAGCCAGAGAAACCACAAGAGCACCCUUGGGAGAUCAAUAGCUGUCUGA